AUUUGAAAUGUUUUCGCCCGUCCGCCAUGAUGUCGUUUGAAAUAUUUCAACGUUUUCUGCUAGCAAGUGAUUCAUAAUUGUUUAUUUCAGAUCGGAUAGCACAAUAACUAUUUAUUUUUAAUGAUAAGAAACAAUUUAACAAAUAAAGCACAUAAAUAUUUCUCUCAUCAAGGGUAUUCUUCAUAAAAAUUGUAAUCCCAAAGUAUUCGCCAGAUGUUCAUACAUCAACCACCCUGUGCGGCCGUUUGACACAUUUCCACCCGACCUGUCAGUUUGCAUUUUCAUAACGACAAUUUGUAACGAACGCAAGAGAAGGCAAAGCCAACGCCAACAUUCAGCCAAGUUUGUGUUUUUUCCUGUUAUGUGAGCAAACAUUCGCACGCACCGUGAUGGAAUCUAGUUUUCAUGGCUAUAGCUGAACGAUUAGGUGCUGCGGUUGUAAGUGUACGCGGGGACAUUGUGAUACAGACACGAUAAACCAGAUAUAUUUGUGUGCCACGGGACAGACGCGUCCUCGUCGGCGAAAUUGCGCUUGGAACUGCCGCGAGUGUUAAUAAUAGGUGAUACAAAACGCUAGCCAGUUGUGGCUGGAUCAAAGCAAGGAGCAACCAUGGCAUAUUUUAUGGCAAACGUUCCCGAUCUCCGGCUGUCGGAUGUUGACGAAUUGUUACGCGAGACGGCGAUGGACGACUCGAACGGGCAGAAGAUUUUGGAAUAUCUCCGGCGCAAGCGCGGCGGUGCCAGAGCGCGGCUGUACGAUGGGUCGGAUAAUUCGUUCCACUUCCGGUUGGAUCAUGUGCAGCCCGUUACAGUGCCGCAAGCAGGCAACAGCAACCGCAGGGAAUUGCCAACCGCACGCAGCCCAGAAGCAGCAGCAGCAACAGCAGCAGCUGCUCCUGCAGCUGCUCCUGCUUCUCCUCCGGCAAGCAGCAGCGGUGCACUGAUUCAACCGUUGGCAGAUCUGUCGGUCGAGAACCGCGUGUCUUCCUUUAUCACUCCCGCUCGACUAUCGGUGGCCCUUUCGCCGGUGCGUACCGGUGCAGAAAACGCGCGAUCAACGAAUGUAACUAGUCCCACACGCAAGAGCACGGUACACGUAAGCCCGUAUGUUUCGCUAAAACCCGCCACAAACCUUCAAAAGCAACUCUUGUUACAGCAAUACAAGCGAAGCAAUGAUAUGAAAUUUGAAGCCUUACGACAUGCGAGCCAUCUGGCGUCGAGCACCCCGAUCGCGGGCGAACAUGCUAAUCGAAAGGGGCAAAAUUUGCUCAACUUCCGGGAAACGAUUUCCCCUAUCCUAGAUGAACAGGUACCGGGGACGCCAACUCACCGCCCAGCGCGAAACAGUUACCGGGGAGAACAAGGAGCGCAGGUAGGACCGGCUACCAUACAGACGCCGGUCCCUGCCACUCAAGACGUGCCGGACGGGACGGGGCAACAAAAUGGUCGUGAAAACACUCCACCCCGGGAGCAGAAUGCGUCGGUCGUUAUACCGGAAACUCCGAGCCCGGUGCGUCGAUCACCCCGUCAACCAUGCACACCGCUCAGUGGCCUUUCGUUGGCGUAUCGCGAACAUAUCAGGGCGGUGCCGCUGGUUAAACUGUUGAAUGCUUCGCUUGAUGAUCGGGACAGUGCUUUGACGCCAUCCCGCCGCAGCAUUCUCAAAAACGGGCUCGGAAACCAUGUCCCUUCGCCUAGGAAUCGUGUGAGCUUUAGCGAGAAGUUAACCGUAGUGCGUGAAAUUUCGCCCCGGGUCUCACCUGACGAUGCGCAGAUUACAUCGGACGAGAGUGACGAAGAGCAGGCGAAUCAAGGUGUUUACAGGUCGCGAACAUCGGAUCGGGGUGUGACACUUCAGCGAUCCCGACUCACGUUCGAUUUCGAGCAAGAGCCGGCGCCCGUUUCUCCUACCAGGUCAUCGAAGAGGCUAGAGACGGCGCCCGUUUCUCCUACUAGAUCUUCAAACAGACCCGAGCUGGCGCCCAACUCUCCUACCAGAUCGUCUAACAGGUUUGAGCCGGCACCUGUUUCUCCUACUAGGUCAUCGAACAGACUUGAAUCGAAUACGCCCGUUUCUCCUACCAGGUCGUCUAACAGGCCUGAGCCAGCGCCCGUUUCUCCUACCAGGUCGACUAACAGGCCUGAGCCAGCGCCCGUUUCUCCUACUAGGUCAUCGAACAGACCCGAGCAGAUGCCCGUUUCUCCUACCAGGUCACCGAACAGGCAACAGAUGCAACAGGCUACCAGUCCAAACAAAAGAAAACCAUCGAAUGGCCCUGAACCAGCACAGAAUCAACGCCAAAGGUCAGCUGUCAUCGAAACCAGUGCACACAGAGACACCGAAAAUGCACAACACUCCCGGCGUUUGUUUGGACAGGGUCGUUCGAACGCGUUUGAUGAUGAUGGUGGUGGAAGCAAGGAUCCUGCAUCGCCCUCCAGAUCCACCGAGAAUGUCGCACGUUCGCCCACACGACCGCCAUCGGCUGGUGAUCAUCCUGCACGCCCGGAUCGACAGCUUUCUCGCUCAUCGGCGAAAGCGUGCAACAAUCGUACCAACAGAAACACCAUCAACAUGAUCAUGGACGACUGGGACGAGGGAGCAACAUCUCCGAUGGAGGUAGACCAUGAGCAAGGUGAGGCUGGCGAAGGCGAAACAGCGCACAGAACGAUCACGGAAACGCUUGCCAUCACAAACGUGGCCACGCCGCGGACGGUCGUGAUGGAUAUUCUGGAACCACCGUCCGCCUUCUGCGAUGACGACACAGCCAACGACAGCGACAGUCGACUGCCUACUGACCAGGAGGAGCCAAACAACCGAGCACCGAGCAACAACCAAGCGUCACCGGGCUCGAGCGAUUCGGACUCAUCGCGUAAACGCAAGCAGGACAAUUUGCGUGUGUUGAUCACGGCUGUACCGUCGCCAAAGCAGUCGAAACUGUCACUGCCUCAACCGGUUGGUAAUACAACACUGCCAGUACCUCAACAUUCUGAGCGCUUGGUCAGCGUAAACUCACCGCACGAUCAUGUGCCGCUGGACAUGAUACAGACGGUCGAUAUGAUACACAGCAAAGUAAAUUCCGAGCUUCUCGAACCGAAACCGGGGGGCGAUGCAGGGAUGGAGCGGCGUAUCACUAUCUGCAAUCCGCCGAAGCGGCGCGCCACCAAAUCGAAGGUGGACGCUGAUACGGAAAUUUACUUUCAAACGGUCGAAAACACUUGCUCUCAGGAAGGGCCAAAGGCCAAACAGCGGAAGGAACGGCGUAAGCUGUUUGUGCAGGAACCUGCCGAUAGGAUGCCGGAGGACGAAGAGCGUCAACCUAUACCAUCACCAGUACCGCUGCCCCUGACGCAAGAGCUCGUCGAUUCCCAGGAACAACGGGUACAAUCAAAGCAAAAGCAGCAGUCGGUUAAAGAACUUGCUGUUCUUGUAAAACGCUUAUCGGACGUAACCAUUACCAGGUGCAUCCAGUCACCGGAUCGGUCGGCCCCGAAGGUUGCAGCGACUGCCCGCUCCUCCCCCGUUGCAUUGGAAAGGGAUGAAGAGUACGAUAGUCCCGUCGAGCUCGCAGUGCGAGAGAAACAGAACGAAGAGCGGAGUGAAAAGAGCGAUCGGACGAAGGAGGAGAAACGGAAGGAGGAAAAGUGUAGUCCACCCCAGCAAGUGGAGCGAGCAGCGAGCCCGAAAAGAAAAUUAAAACCGUCCGGGCCGUCGAAGAGGAAGAAGAAGGAGAAGCCGCCAGCGGAAGCUAGUUCACCGGAGCCUGCCGCCACCGAGCCGAUGAGCGGUAUGGCGCAGAAAUAUUUGAAGGAUGUGUCGAACGAAAUACGGCAGCAGAUUGAAAGCGAAGGUCCACGGCGAAGCCACCGUAACCGACGGUUGGCGGAUGAGGUGCUGCGCAAUAAUCCCGAUAUCGCCCGGACCGAUGCACCGCAGUACGUAAUGCCGAACAUGAAGGAUAUGUUGAAAUAUUUCCAAAAGUUCGAGCGGACCAGCAAGAAAGAAGGCAAGAAGGGGAAGGAAAAGGGUAGCGGUUCGAAAAAGGAAGCAAAAAGAAAACACGAGCCAUUGAACGAAAAGGACGGCGGAAUUGCAACGAAAUCGUCGGAGAAAACGGACAAAAAAGCACGCGGACGGUCACGGAAAGUGGUCAAUCAGAAGGAGGAAAGGUUUGAUUCGGACGGAUUUCGCAUACCACCCGCACCGGUGGUGGCGUCGGGAGCAAGGGAGGGAGGGAAAACAGCGAGCCGCGAAGAGCCUUCGGAAUCGUACUCUUUAUCCGCGUCCAAUCAACAAGAACAGGGCACAUCUAGCGAUUCGGGCCUUUCGUCAGCGGUGAUGACGAACGACGAUGCUACGAACACGGUCGAAGCAAAUGAACGAUCGGAAGUUUCGAAUCCCUCAAAACAAUCGUCAUCUAAAGCCGAUCGUACUGCUUCCGCUGCCGCACCACCGAAUACAACUGCUGCAUCGUCCUCCUCCUCCUCCCCAUCCGCUUCCUUCUCCGGUGCGGAUAUGCUGGCGGAGAAGCGCAAAAUGAUGGACUGGAUGAUGGUGCUGAUGGAAAACCGGCAGAACCGUGCGGCUGGCUUGCCGAACGUCGAACUGCAGGGCUUCACCCAUCUGUCCCUCGAGCAUCUAGCGUUCCAGCGGUGCAAAGGCAUCGAGUAUUCGUUCUACGUCUACUCGAACAAGGACAAUUUCGGCUUUUUGCGGGUUCUGCCCAACGUGACAAAGAAAACCACAUUUACAAAGCAUUGUUCGCUGAAAUUUCUCAUACUCAGUGGCGCGCUUAAGUUCAUCGUUAAUGGGUACGAGGUGAACGUUGUUGGAGGUGAUUUCUUGAUGAUUCCACCGAGCACAACAUAUAGCAUGGUGAAUGGAUCGGAAACAACGCUCAUGUUUAUGAUAAAGGCAACCCUGCCUGAAAGCCAAGCAGAAACCGAUGGCCAAGGAAAAAGGUAGAUCGAGUUGUGUGUUCGCUAGCGCAAAGACCUUUACACCAUUCUUUAAUCAAUAAAAAGUGUUUAGAGGUAUAGCGUAAACGGUGUUCACGGUUAGAUAGUUAGUGUUGUUGAUAAAUUAAAGAAAUGUACAAUGUGUGGGAAUGCUUCAUCAGCUCUUGGUGGAUGCUAAAUGAUAAUUUAAAUAUUAAAAUUAAAUCUUUUGGACUGAUAAAUAACAAACACACACAAACAACUAGAGAGAGAGAGAGAGAGAGAGAGUUUGAGUGAAAACUUAUCUUCCCACUCUUCCAGCUCAUGAUGUAAGGUAUCACACGAUUAGGCACAGUUAAUUUCUUUCCUUUUUUGUAUCUAUGCAGUUGACAGUGAGAAAUAUAACAAUUGAUUUAAUGAAUUA